AUGGAAUGGUCUCACCCUACACAGCUGGGUGAAAUACCAACACCACGUGCUGGACAUGCUGGUGUGACAGUGGGGGAGAACUGGUUCAUUGUUGGUGGUGGUGACAACAAGAGUGGGGUCUCCGAAACAGUUGUACUGAAUAUGUCAACACUGGCUUGGUCAGUGGUAACUUCUGUUCAAGGACGAGUUCCUGUUGCUAGUGAGGGAUUGAGUUUGGUUGUAAGCUCCUAUAAUGGCGAAGAUGUACUUAUUUCUUUUGGAGGGUACAAUGGACGUUACAACAAUGAAGUCUAUGUUCUUAAACCAAGCCACAAAUCCACCCUGCAAUCCAAAAUAAUUGAAAAUAUAGUACCUGACAGUGUUUCAGCUAUCCCAAAUGCCACAAACGCUACCCGAGAUGUGGAGUCUGAAUUUGAAGCAGGUCAAGGGAAAAAUUGGGAAGUUCUCUUGGACAAUGCUGAUGCAGCAGUAUUUCAUGCCGAAGGCCCUCAUUUAUAUCGCUUAAAAUACAGAUCAUAUUCUGAAUUUGUACCAUUUUAUUUUAUUUUUCCUGCCAGUCACUGCUUUCAUAUUUUGGCUGUCGUACAGAAAUCCAAAGGUGAUAUUAUAUCAGUCCUGAAGGCUGAGAAAGAAGAGUUGGAAUCAUCACUCAGCAAGGAGAAGCAGCAUGCUCUUCAACUGAAGCAAGAGCUGGCAGAAGCUGAGUCUCGAAAUUCCGACCUUUACAAGGAGCUCCAAUCCGUUCGUGGUCAGCUUGCUUCUGAGCAGUCGAGGUGUUUCAAACUUGAGGUGGAGGUUGCUGAAUUGGGUCAGAAGCUCCAAACGAUUGGGACAUUACAGAAGGAGCUGGAGCUCCUUCAGCGGCAGAAGGCUGCAUCAGAGCAAGCUGCCUUAAAUGCAAAACAGAGGCAGAGUUCAGGUGGUGUGUGGGGUUGGCUUGCCGGUUCUCCCCCUGAUCAGAAUGCAGAUGAUGCGUGA